CUUUCCUGCAAGUGUUAAAUGGUCUUGGUUAUAAACUUUGUUUUUGCACAUGCAGAAAGACAAUGUAAGGAACCAGCGUGAAAAUGUUAUCUUGAUGAUAGCAAAUAAGCAGUCUAGACUUGGAAUACCUGCCGAAACUGAUCCAAAAAUAGAUGAGAAAACAAUCAAUGAAGUAUUCUUGAAGGUGCUAGAUAACUAUAUCAGGUGGUGCAGAUACUUGAGAAUUCGUCUUGCUUGGAAUAGUUUAGAGGCUAUUAACCGGGAUAGGAAGCUUUCUUUGGUUUCCUUGUAUUUUCUUAUUUGGGGUGAAGCUGCAAAUGUCCGUUUUCUUCCUGAGUGUAUUUGCUAUAUAUUCCACAAUAUGGCCAAAGAGUUGGAUGCUAUUUUGGAUCAUCCAGAAGCUGCACCUGCACUCAGCUGCGUAACUGAUGACGGUUCUGCAAAAUUCCUUGAGAAAAUAAUUUGUCCCAUAUAUAACACGCUAGCUGCAGAAGCUAGUAGAAACAACAAUGGGAAAGCUGCACAUUCAGCAUGGAGGAAUUAUGAUGACUUCAAUGAAUACUUUUGGUCGCCUGCUUGUUUUGAAUUAAGUUGGCCAAUGAGACUGGAUUCUCCGUUCUUGCGGAAACCUACACCUUCAAAAAGGUCAAAAAGGACUGGUAAAAGCAGUUUUGUUGAGCAUAGGACAUUUCUUCACCUGUAUCGAAGCUUCCAUCGACUUUGGAUCUUCUUGGCACUAAUGUUUCAGGCUUUGACUAUCAUUGCUUUCGAUCAUGGACAUAUCAAUUUGGAUACUUUUAAAACAAUACUUAGCAUUGGGCCAUCAUUUGCUAUCAUGAAUUUUGCCAAAAGUUUCUUAGAUGUGUUACUUACAUUUGGGGCAUACACGACUGCAAGGGGGAUGGCUGUUUCAAGACUAGUGAUAAGGUUUUUUUGGGGUGGCUUGACUUCUGUUGCAGUAACAUAUCUUUACCUGAAAGUUUUGCAAGAGAGAAAUAGUCGUAACACUGAUAAUUCAUUCUAUUUCCGGAUAUACCUUCUUGUUCUUGGUGUUUAUGCUGCAGUACGACUAUGCUUUGCACUGUUGCUCAAAUUUCCAGCUUGUCAUGCACUUUCAGAAAUGUCUGAUCAGUCAUUCUUUCAGUUUUUCAAAUGGAUUUAUCAAGAACGAUAUUAUGUUGGACGUGGUCUUUAUGAGGGAAUAAGUGAUUACUGCAGGUAUGUGGCCUUUUGGUUGGUGGUACUUGCCUGCAAAUUCACUUUUGCUUACUUUCUCCAGAUUAAACCUCUUGUUGAACCUACCAAUAUUAUUGUUGAUCUUCCGUCCUUGACUUACUCAUGGCAUGAUUUCAUCUCAAAGAACAAUAACAAUGCCUUCACUAUUGUUAGCUUGUGGGCUCCUGUUGUGGCUAUUUAUCUCAUGGAUAUUCUGAUUUUUUACACUGUAAUGUCUGCAAUUGUUGGUGGUGUGAUUGGUGCACGGGCUCGGCUAGGCGAGAUUCGUUCAAUUGAAAUGGUGCAUAAGCGUUUUGAAAGUUUCCCUGGGGCCUUUGUAAAAAAUUUGGUGUCACCACAAAUAAAAAGGAUUCCCUUGAGCGGACAAUCAACCCAGGAUUCUCAAGAUUUGAACAAAGCAUAUGCUGCCAUGUUUGCUCCAUUUUGGAAUGAGAUAAUAAAAAGUCUGCGUGAGGAAGAUUUUAUUAGUAAUAGAGAAAUGGACCUGCUUUCUAUACCUAGUAAUGCAGGAAGUCUGAGAUUAGUUCAAUGGCCUCUGUUUCUUCUUAGCAGUAAGAUCUUGUUGGCGAUUGACUUGGCUUUAGACUGCAAAGAUACUCAGGCAGAUUUGUGGAACAGGAUAAGUAGGGAUGAAUACAUGGCCUAUGCAGUGAAGGAAUGCUAUUACAGUGUUGAAAAAAUAUUAUAUUCAUUAGUUGGCAACGACAAUGAAGGAAGACUUUGGGUGGAAAGAAUUUUUCGUGAGAUCAAUAACAGUAUUGUAGAGGGUUCACUUGUUUUAACCUUGUCUCUAAAGAAGCUUCCAGUUGUUUUAUCAAGACUUACGGCAUUGUCUGGACUCCUGAUUCGAAAUGAUCCUGAACUUGCUAAAGGUGCUGCAAAAGCUGUACAUGACCUGUACGAAGUUGUAACUCACGAACUGGUUUCCUCAGAUUUAAGGGAGAAUCUUGAUACAUGGAACCUUUUAGCCAGAGCUAGGGACGAGGGACGACUUUUUUCUAGGAUAAUUUGGCCUAAUGAUCCUGAAAUUGUAAAGCUUGUGAAGCGGUUGCAUCUUCUUCUUACAGUAAAGGAUUCAGCUGCAAAUAUUCCAAAAAAUCUUGAAGCCAGGAGAAGAUUAGAGUUUUUCACAAAUUCAUUAUUUAUGGAUAUGCCUUCAGCAAAACCUGUUAGUGAAAUGUUGCCGUUCAGUGUUUUCACUCCAUACUAUAGCGAAACUGUGCUUUACGGUACUUCCGAAUUGCAAAAGGAGAACGAAGAUGGAAUAUCUACUCUUUUCUAUCUUCAAAAGAUAUUUCCAGAUGAAUGGGAAAACUUUCUUGAACGAAUUGGUCGAGGAGCAUCCACUGGGGAUGCAGAACUUCAAGAAAGUUCCAGUGAUGCCUUGGAACUUCGUUUUUGGGCUUCUUAUCGAGGGCAGACUCUUGCUAGGACAGUGCGUGGUAUGAUGUACUAUAGGAGGGCUUUAAUGCUGCAGAGUUUUCUGGAGAGCAGAUCACUAGGAGUGGACAAUUAUCCUCAAAACAACUUCAUUACAAGUCAAGAUUUUGAAUUAUCUCGUGAAUCACGGGCACAAGCAGAUUUGAAGUUUACUUAUGUUGUAUCAUGCCAAAUUUAUGGUCUACAAAAGCAGCGGAAGGCACCAGAGGCUACAGAUAUUGCUUUAUUGUUACAGAGGAAUGAGGCACUUCGAGUUGCUUUUAUUCAUUCUGACGAACCAUCUGAUGCAAAUAGUUCAAAAGUGUUUUAUUCAAAGCUUGUCAAAGCUGAUAUAAAUGGAAAAGAUCAGGAAAUAUAUUCUAUUAAACUUCCUGGAGAUCCAAAGCUUGGAGAAGGAAAACCUGAAAAUCAAAACCACGCGAUAAUUUUCACUCGUGGUGAAGCUGUUCAAACUAUUGACAUGAAUCAGGACAAUUAUCUUGAGGAAGCAAUGAAAAUGAGAAAUCUUCUGGAGGAGUUUCAUGCGAAUCAUGGCCUUCGCCCUCCAAGCAUACUUGGAGUAAGGGAACAUGUUUUUACAGGAAGUGUUUCAUCGUUGGCUUGGUUCAUGUCAAAUCAAGAAACUAGUUUUGUAACCUUGGCACAACGAGUUUUAGCCAAUCCUCUCAAAGUUCGUAUGCACUAUGGACACCCAGAUGUAUUUGACAGAAUAUUUCACAUAACUCGAGGAGGGAUUAGUAAGGCAUCCCGUGUUAUUAAUAUUAGUGAAGAUAUAUAUGCUGGCUUCAACUCCACAUUGCGGCUUGGAAAUAUUACACACCAUGAAUACAUUCAGGUUGGAAAAGGAAGGGAUGUUGGGUUAAAUCAGAUUGCACUCUUUGAGGGAAAAGUGGCUGGUGGUAAUGGAGAGCAAGUUCUUAGCAGGGACAUUUACAGGCUUGGACAACUUUUUGAUUUCUUCAGAAUGCUUUCUUUCUUCUUCACAACUGUGGGUUAUUAUGUCUGCACCAUGAUGACAGUUCUUACCGUAUAUGUAUUCUUAUAUGGAAGAGCAUACCUGGCAUUUUCUGGUCUUGACGAAGCUGUCUCAGACAAGGCAAAAUUGGCGGGUAACACAGCACUUGAUGCAGCUUUGAAUGCUCAAUUUUUGGUUCAGAUUGGCGUUUUUACUGCAGUACCAAUGAUAAUGGGUUUUAUACUUGAAUUAGGACUGCUGAAGGUUAGUUUACUUGUUAAGAAUGUUAAAACUGUGAUUGUUCCUGAUGCAUUUAGGAAGUUUUAUAUUAGCCUUGCUGUCUUUGUAUUCUGUAUUUUUAUAUUAGCCGUCAUCUAUUUGGCCUAGUAUUAGUGAUUGGAA